GGAUCUUUGUCAUCUGAGAGAAAAAGAAACAGGAAGAGAAGAAAACAAAGUUUGAAAACCUCUGCAAAAUCAUGAAAGACAUCUUGGAGAAAAAAGUUGAAAAGGUGGUUGUGUCAAACUGAUUGGUGACAUCGCCAUGCUGUAUUGUCACAAGCACAUAUGGCUGGACAGCAAACAUGGAAAGAAUUAUGAAAGCUCAAGCCCUAAGAGACAACUCGACAAUGGGUUACAUGGCAGCAAAGAAACACCUGGAGAUAAACCCUGACCAUUCCAUUAUCGAGACCUUAAGACAGAAGGCAGAGGCUGACAAGAACGACAAGUCUGUGAAGGAUCUGGUCAUCUUGCUUUAUGAAACUGCACUCCUGUCUUCAGGCUUCAGUCUGGAAGAUCCCCAGACACAUGCUAACAGGAUCUACAGGAUGAUCAAACUUGGUCUGGGUAUCGAUGAAGAUGACCCUACUGCUGACGACACCAAUGCUGCUGUAACUGAAGAGAUGCCACCUCUUGAAGGAGAUGACGACACAUCGCGCAUGGAAGAAGUAGACUAAGCUCUCCCUGAAGAAUGACUUGUAUACGUGUUCAAUACUUCAUUCCCUCCGAUAAUAUAUUUUCAAGGAUUUUUUUUUUAUUUUUAACAUUUAAAUAUCUGUAUGGCAUGAUAAUAACUACUUUAAGGGGAAGAUAAGAUUUCUUUCUACUUCUAAGUGUGGUACUGUGAUACUUUAGGCACUAAAGCAGAGCUAGUAAUGCUUUUCUGGUUUCGCAUUGGCGUAUUUUAACAGAUCGAGGUAAAAAUUGUUGUAAGGUGUAUCUAAUCUCUGUUAACUUUGUGGCCUAGAGUGCUUAGCUAUCAAGCCAGAUUCCUUAAUAGACCAAAUCUUUUGUCACUGAGUAUUUCAAGAUAUAUCUUGAUAUUUAGAGAAAAGUAUUUGUUAAAAUAACUUCAGUUCAUCUUCUAGAAUCUACUUUUCAAACUUUUCAUCCCCUUGUAGUUUGUGCAUGUACUAGUCCUCUAGAAAUAAGUAUGUUUAAAGUGAAGUAACUUGAUGAAACUCCACACAGGGCUUGUUUUCCAAAGAAAAAGUAUUGUUCAGAGGAGCAAAAUUAUAAGCCCUACCCAUACGUGUUGUAAAGCUGUUUUGCAGUGUGAGGCUUGUGAAUGGAAAUGCAGUGCCCGAGACACAAUCUACUUGUAACAAAUACAGAUAAGU